UACAGCAGGCUCCUUUUUCCACCGCUCUCUCACACACCCCUUUUUAGCAAAGGGCCCAGCCUGUCUCGCAGGAGGGAGUCUGCCUUUCCCUUCGCGCUGGCUCUAGCAGAGGCUGCAAAAACCGCCUUAUGUCCCUGUGGCGGGAGCUUUGGAGCAGGCGCUCUGUGCUCUCUCUCCUGCAGUUCUGGCUGCUCCUGCAGCCAUGCCCCGCCGACUACUGCAGCUGGAAGGGCAGUGGCUUGAGCUGGGCCCCCCACUCACGUGCCGUGGAACAGGUUCACCUCCGCUGCACCGAGGGCUCCCUCGAAUGGAUGUACCCCGCACGAGCCCUCCGCGUCAUCUUGGAGCCCAACUUGUCCAGCGCCCGGCACACCGCUGUCUGCAUCAAGCCCUCCAGCCACUUUCAAGGAGCCAACAUCUACGUGGAGCGGGAGGGGCAGCUUCAUCUCCUGGUGAGCGAGGCUGAGGAGCCCCACCUGCACCAGGUGUCUUGCUUCAGCACCCACACACCUCAGCGGGUGGCCCUUUUCCUCCAGGCCAGUCCACAGAGGGACAUCAGCCGCAGGACUGCCAGUUUCCAGUAUGAGUUGCUGAGCAACCAGAGCACCACAGGCCCCGACUUCCAGAAAAUGGCUCUUGUGGAAGCAAUGUGCCGCCCUUGCGACAAUAUGGAACUUCUCAUGGCCAUUUGCAGCAGUGAUUUUGUGGUAAGAGGCUCGAUUCAAAAUGUCAGCCAUGAUUUGGAGAAUCACAUGUCUCAGGUGGAAGUUGAUGUGCUGCAUGUCUACAGGCAGAAAAACCAGAUCUUUCAGGAAGAUAAAUCAACCGGUGAGUGGCGAGGGCUCAUCAAGACUCUCCUGCAGUGUAAAGUCAAGAAAGGGGCUGGGGAGUUCCUUUUCACUGGCAACGAACACUUUGGCGAAGCUUGGCUGGGCUGUGCCCCACGAUUUAAAGAAUUCAGGGCUGUCUAUCAAACAGCCAGCAAGAAAGGAGCAAACCCUUGUGAGUUUCAGUUUGACUGAAUGUGUAUGAGGAUCACAAGAAACCACUUAGGACAGUUUUCACAUAUAAGAAGAAUGGUUUGAUCAGAAAAUGGGACAUGAGUGGAAUAUUAAAGAUGUGUAGAGAAGAGAACUAGUCUGUCCCACUGAAUGGGGGAGGCUUUGCACCAGAGAUCCCUAGAUAAGUCCCACCUGUCUCACAGACUACAGUGAGGUUGUUGGCAAGUUAUUACUGUCUGAUUUGUACAUUGGGAAUACUGACCUACCUCGCAGGAUUGUUGUGAGGGCAGACAAGAAUAUAAAGCACUUUGCAAGCUACAAAAA